AUGGAUCCAAGAAUCUCCUUUUCAAAUGAUUUUUCUGACACAAAACAGCCAUUUAAGCUUGAAAACAUGUACAGAGAAGCACCUGUUUCUUCUGAUUUUGAGUUCACCGUGAAGAACAGAUGUAUGAUACCAGCAGAUGAGAUGUUCUUUCAGGGGAAGCUGCUGCCAUUGAAGAACAGCUCAAGGAAUCUCUUGGUUAAGACAACUUUAAGAGAUGAGCUGAAAGUGAAUGAAGAUUGUAAUGAUGUUUCAUUUCCAAAGCUCACAAACACUUCUGCAAGCUGCUGGAAGCAGAAAUUUGGGUUCAAAAGUUCUUCAGUAUAA